ACUUGCCCAUUCUGCUCUGGCAGAAGAAAAUAAGGGUUUCUCAAUGGACUCUCUAGCAACAUCCAUCAACCAGUUUGCCCUGGAAUUUAGCAAAAAGCUAGCUGAAUCUGCUGAGGGUAAAAAUAUCUUCUUCUCUCCCUGGGGCAUCUCAACCUCAUUGGCCAUGGUGUAUUCGGGCACCAGAGGUUCCACUGAAGCCCAGAUGGCCCAGGUUCUCCAAUUUAACAGACACCAGGACAGCAAAUCUUGUCCUGAAAGUGAAAAAAAAAGGAAAAUGGAAUUCACAUCCAGCAAGGCUGAAGGAAUAUGCUCUGACUUCCAGACACUUUCUGCAGAAGUCGUCAAAUCCAGCCAUUCCUAUAUACUUAAAACAGCCAACAGAAUAUAUGGGCAUAAGUCAUAUCCAUUUAACAAUAAAUAUUUAGAAGAUAUGAAAAUGUAUUUUGAUGCAGAACCACAGUCUGUUAACUUUGUGGAUGCUUCUGAUCAAGUCAGAAAGGAGAUCAACUCUUGGGUGGAAAGCAGGACUGAAGGAAAAAUUCUGAAUCUCCUACCGGAUGACUCUGUGGACUCCCUGACCAGGAUGGUCCUGGUGAACGCCCUUUACUUUAAAGGAAUCUGGGAACAUCAAUUCCAAGUGCAAAAUACCACAGAAAAGCCUUUCAGAAUAAACAAGACUACAAGCAAACCAGUGCAAAUGAUGUUUAUAAAAGAGAAGCUUCAAGUUUUUCAUAUUGAAAAUCCACAAGCCACAGGCCUCCAACUUGACUACAAGGGCUCUGACCUCAGCCUGCUUGUGCUACUGCCUGAUGAUGACAGCACACUGAAGCAGCUGGAAAAGGUGGUCACCUCUGAGAAGCUGAAAGAGUGGACCAGUGAAGACAUGAUGGAAUUGUGUGAAGUGCAGCUGCAUCUGCCCAAGYUCAAGCUGGAGGAGAGUUAUGAUCUCAAGUCCACUCUGAGCAGCAUGGGGAUGACAGAUGCCUUUAGCCAGAGCAAAGCAGAUUUCUCAGGAAUGUCUUCAGAGAGAAACCUGUUUCUGUCCAAUGUUUUCCACAAGGCUUUUGUGGAAAUAAAUGAACAAGGGUCAGAGGCUGCAGCUGGCACCGGGAGUGAGGUGGCUUUUCGAAGAGGAUUCCCCUCCAUUGAAUUCAAUGCAGACCACCCAUUCCUCUUCUUCAUCAGGCACAACAAAACCAAUAGCAUUCUCUUUUACGGAAGAUUCUGUUCCCCCUAA